GCCCGAGGGGACUCCUUUCGAGGACGGAACUUUCAAACUUACAAUAGAAUUCACAGAAGAAUACCCAAAUAAGCCACCUACUGUCAGAUUUGUCUCUAAAAUGUUUCAUCCAAAUGUCUAUGCAGACGGUAGUAUAUGUCUGGAUAUCCUUCAGAAUCGCUGGAGCCCCACUUAUGAUGUCUCCUCCAUCUUAACAUCCAUACAGUCCCUAUUGGAUGAGCCCAACCCGAACAGCCCAGCAAACAGCCAGGCAGCUCAGCUAUACCAAGAGAAUAAGCGGGAAUAUGAAAAACGGGUUUCUGCAAUAGUAGAACAGAGCUGGCGUGACUGUUGACCCAGGAUGAUGCAAAUGAACACUCUGUUGAUGAGGAAAAUAAACAAAGUGUCCGAGUCAUCUUUUUCCUCCUAGCAUUUACUUUGCAAGCAAAAUAGCUGUUGUGCUGUUGCCACCCUCCCUUGCUGAAGCUUCUUCUCCUUGGACAUCAGAACGCACCCACUUUGAAGUCAAACGUUCUGUACUUGGGUUACUUGCAAAAGAGUUACUGAUGCUGAAUUCAUUUUCUGUGGUCCCUCUCCAGUCUUAGGGCAGUAUUGUGCAUUUCUGUAGUGUACACUAAGCUUUUAAUUGUAAUUGUGUUAUACACAGUGAUGCUUAUGUGUAGCUUGAUAAAAGGGAUGUUUAUAUACAUACACAUUUUUUAACUGAUAUUAACUAAAGUGCUGAUGUGUCCGGGGUGGUCACUCACCUCUACUAUUGGUUUAGACCCCACUGCAUUUCUAAGUACUGGGUGAAGAAAUCAUCUUUUGUUUCCCUUUUGUAUUGGUUUAUCAACUCCUUUACUCAUGUUAAAAAAAUCAACACUUUGAUUGAUUCCAAUUCAAAGAUUUAGUAAGCCUCUGGAAUGCUUGUUACUUCUGCACUUCACAUGCAAGAUUUAUGUACAGAUCUACAUAAAUCACUACAGCUGUGGUACUUGGAUCUUUGCUGAGGGUGAGAAACAAGCCCUUUUUUUUUAUUACUAUUUUAAAGGACAUGCCUACAGAAACUGUCAGCAGGUUUCUAUAGUCCUGUCACGAAGGCAUACUGGACAAAACCAGGCAGAGCUGUGGUACUCAGCAAAAGGCCUUCCACAUUAAGGAAGAGGUAAAACCUGACCUGUUCCAGCGAUGGAAUUACUCUCCUUCGGUGUCUUUCUCCUGCCCCUUAUCUUUAGCUGAGAAAGAUAAGUUGUUUGGGAUCUAACUUUGUCUUGUGGGAAGUUUGAAUUAAGUCCAGGGUAGGCACUCGAGUCUCUGCAGUUUCUGCUCUUCGUAGAUGACGGCGUGGUUUGUGUGAGCUACUGCUGCAUGCUUGAGUUCGUUCCCUUCAGUUUUAUGGAAGUAUUUUUUCAAUUCUGAAAAAAACAUUUGUAAGUCCAGUCACUUUUUUUGUAAGGCAAGUUUGUACCUUUGGAUACAGAACCUUAAGCAGCAGUGUGGGAUGGAACUUGCAAUUGUGUUGUCCACUGUUCCAGUGUCUUUUGUGUGCACAUUGGUCUGUUAGUUGAAAAGUAUAACUUUGCACAAGUAACCCAUGUAAGAAACUGUACAUUUUUCAAAAGUUGUAAAUAAAGUGUAACCUUAGUGCUUAUUGUAUAAAUAGGCAA